AUGGUCGACCCAGUGAGCCUGGUGGGCAUGAUUCUAACGAUGGUGCAACUGAUCGCAAGUGCCGCGGAGACGGCACGACAGAACAAGAAGAAGUGCUGGGAGCUCGCCCAACGCGCGUGCACUCUGGCCAACGUACUGCCCGACUACAAAUACCCGGCGGCGAACGACCAGGAGACGGAGACAGUGAUGAGGAGGCUCAAGGAGACCCUCGACGAAGCGUUGACGCUCAUCCAGUCCUGCCAGACUGUAACUGUAUUCUCCCGUAGCCGGAAGGCCGCCGAAUUAGAUGGGGUUAAUAGAAAGAUCAACGACUGCAUCACGGACCUCAAUUUCAUCAGACAAGUUCGCACAAAUCACAUAGCAGCACCUACCUUCGCCCCACUCCCAGCUCAAACUUAUGAACACGGCUCCUACUAUCAGGCACAAGGAGGAGGAGGUGCCUCCAGCAGCGCCUGUGUUGGAUACCCCCCUCCCCAGCACGCUCCCGUCAAUGUUCACUGGACUCCGGCUCCGUCUCCGUCUCCCUACCAUGCUUCUCAAGCCCCCUCGGCCUCGGGUUACAAUCUAUCUUCUUUUUACACCCUUCCAACGGUCAACAAGAUCUUUGACCGUGUGUGUAAUAGAUUCCGCUAG